CUUAAUACUACAUGAGGAAGCAAGACUCAGUACAGUUACAGUAUAACGUGUGAGUGGCCCUUACAAACCCAGGCAGCUGCAGCAGCAGUGUUCACUUACAUCAUUACUGAAGCAACACAACAAUAGAAACAAAACUACAAAUUAUUUUAGUGUCAUAGGGAGGAGAAAAAACCUCUAAGUGCUUAUAACUUGAAGAAGGAACUUUGGUUCCUCUAGCUCUUCCGUCAAAGGAGGUUCUUUAAUGCGGUUAACACAUCAACCAGAUAAUACUGCACAAGAGUAGGAAAGAAUGGAUAGUGGAUGCCUUCCUGAAACUCGUGAGGUGCUUUGUGAACAUUUACGUGUUAAAGUUUGUUACAUUAACCCAGCGCUUGCUGACCAGGUGACAGACAUAUUGGCUGGUGACAGAACAAAUACUGAGAUUAUUGAUUUACUUAAAUCUGAUACUCUCUUAGAAGAGAAUGUUGAGAAAGCAGUUGCAUCUCUUUCUGAACCUGAUUCAGAGGUGCGAGAAUCACUUGGCAUGGCACUUUUCCAUUCUGUUUCAAUACUUGAAAGUGAACUUUGUGCUCAGGUUACUGGGAUGCUGCUAGAACUUCCUAUUCCUACCAUCACACAGUUGUUGAAUAAUGAAGAGGCUCUUAAUGAAGCUGUUAUCAAGGCUCGAGGUGAAUAUCUGAAAUAUAUACAGAAUGAAGGUCAUACAGACGUUCCACUGGCAUCACCCAUAACUCUUAGCAAGGAGAAAGAGGAGUUGGGAGAAGUUAUAUAUGAAAAAAUAGUGUCAAAGUAUCCCCAGGAGGCAGCCAAGUUAACAGGGAUGCUUUUACAAAUGGAUUACAAAGAUCUUUUACGUGUCAUUGCCGAGCCAGAGCUCCUCAAGAAGAAAGCUGAAUUAGCUUUUAGUGUUCUUAGAGCUGAAGGUGAACAACAUCACUAAAAUUGUUUUGAAAGUUUUUCCUUCUUGUCAUCGCCCCAUCUUGUCUCUGGAUAUUUAUCAUGGCUGCCAAACGAAGUGUAGAUGAUAUUUGUGAAGCAUGGACGAUGAUUAAGUGUGACAAUAUAGUUAUGAAAACAAAGGAAGUAAUUAUG